AUGAGCCAAGAGGAAGUAAUUACAGAAACCCCAACUUUGCAAGAAGUUGCGCGUACCUUGGAGUCAGUGAAAGAACUGAAAUCGGGUAUCUCUGGGUCUCGUAUUAAAAGACUAACCGCUAUUGCACUUGAAAAUAUCGAGCUAGAGGAAGAAAUUAUCUCUCUCAUAAUAAACUAUUCAAAGACUUGCGAACCAUCCCAUAAACUGGGGUCUUUGUACAUUAUCGACUCCGUUGGGAGAGCGUACUUGGACGAAGCUAGAAAUAAACACGGUUACAUUAAACCUAAUGCUAAACCCGGAACUUGUGCUCACGGUGUCUACACACUGGGAGAGUCGAUUCAAGAAUUGCUGACCGAUGCAAUUGGUAAAAGCAACGAAGAUCAUAAAGACAAGAUUAGAACUUUGAUCGAUAUCUGGGAUAGAACUGGUCUCUUCCAGAAGGGGUACUUGAACGCUGUAAGAGCGAAAUGCUUCUCCAUGGAGGCAACAGGCCUUUCAUCCUUGACGAAGUCUGAUGGCGGAGAAAAUUCAGAGCCACAGUUGUCUUCUGAUCCUGUCGAGAGAGCUGGCCAAAUAUUAAAAUCCUUGAACCCUGUACAGUACUUACCAGCGGUGGAGAUGCCAACAAAUCUGUGCUCCGAAGAUCAAUCGGAACAGAAUGAUGCUCUGCGUAAGCUGUUGGUGUCGCUACAAAGAGACCUAUUGACCAGAGCGGAACAGCAACAGGAACAGCAAAGGCGAGAGCUAGAGCAACACAAGGAGAAUUCGAGGCGCCAUUCUGAUAUUAAAAACAACAAUCCUCAACGCGAGAAGCAACACAGAGUAACGGAGUAUGGGAGUAGGCGCGAUAGGGAGCGCCAAACUGCAGGUUAUGCGUCGAGGAGGAACAGAUCGAGGUCUCCACCUGCAAGAAAGGAAGUGACGACGUAUAACAACGGUGCCAUAAAUCAGAACUUUGGUCCUAAUAAUCACCAUCUGUAUCCUGAGGAGAUGAAUGUCCCACAAAACCCACAUUUCAGAACUAAGCCUCUCUCAUAUGAUCCAAGCUUACCUCCAGAGAGUAUUAAAGUGUUAAGUAGGACCUUAUUCAUCGGCGGUGUCCCCAUGAACAUGAAGGAAUGGGAUUUGGCAAGCCUUUUGAAACCGUACGCUGAAGUGCAAAGCGUUAUCUUGAAUAACCACAGAAAACACGCAUUUGUAAAAGUCUACUCCAGACGCGAGGCGGAAAACGCACUCAUGAAUUUCAAUCAAGAUGGAUCUUUGCCCUUGAGGACACGUUGGGGGGUUGGUUUUGGGCCAAGAGAUUGUUGCGAUUAUCAGCAUGGUUACAGCAUUAUCCCAAUACACAGACUGACAGACGCCGACAGAAAGUGGUCUGUUGAGGCCCAAUGGGGUGGUACUGGGGGUCAACCAUUGGUAGCCCACAUGGUUUACGAGGAGCCCGAUAUCAUUGUUGGUGAAGGUGUUUCAUCAAAAGCAACAUCUCAGAAAAUGCCUACUGAUUCUGGCAGGAAUGCACCUAAAUCCAACAAGAAUCAAAGAGAUAACUAUCAGCAACAGCGUCAAGCACCUAUACAACCGCCGCAACCACAACCACAAAUGGCUGGAUACAAUGGCUCUAACCAGAUGUAUCCUCAGAUGCAACCUCCAAUUCAAGGAUACCCCCCAAAAAAUGAUAUGUAUGCUCAGCAGAUGGGGGGCUACGGUGUCGUUGCACCCCAACAACAAGGCAACAUAAUACCUCCACCACAACAACAGCAGCAACCAGGUGUUGACCCACAAGCUCAGCUGAACUCCCUAAUGAGUAUGCUUAACCAACAACCACCAGCGCAACAUUAG